CCCAACCUGCCCCCUCUGACUCCCCCCCCUUCCCUCUUUCUCUGGACGGUCUGUUCCACAAAACGAGAAAGGAGACCCUGUCACUUCUGAGCAGACUAGUCGAACAGCAGAGAAGUUGAGGCUCAACUUUCACCACAACGAGGCUUCAGCUUCAGAACUUCGUUAGGCAGAGAAGGUUGUGUUCACGUGCAGACAUGCAGCACGGAAUGCUGAACCUGUCAGUCUCAUUGAUUGGCCUGUGGCUUGUGAUUUCAGGAGCUUCGGUGGAGGCAGCGGACAACAUGGAGCUACAAGGAGCAGCCUCAGUGAAACCUGUCCAUCAGUCCCCCUCGCUGUGUGCUGGUGAGCAGGACUAUGUUGACAGGAGGAAAAGGGUCGUUCUGGAGUCUCUCCACAGCCUGGGAAUCAACUGUUCUGCAGACUGGGUUCCCCACAUCGCUCUGCUGCCCUCCGGUGGGGGUCAGAGGUCAGCCGUGGGUCUGAUGGGUUGCCUCUCUCAAAUGGAAAAGGAUGGUCUGCUGGACUCUCUGCUUUACAUGGGAGGAGUCUCUGGGUCAACGUGGUCCAUGUGCUCCCUCUACAGUGACCCGCACUGGAGCGGCAACAUGGACAGAGCAGUGUCCCUGAUGACACGUCCUGGGGUCGAGCUGGAGCAGGCUCUGGCCUGGUUGGACAAGAGGUCGAAGGAGGAACUUUUCUCUCUCUCUGAUAUCUGGGGGGUGUUAACCUCUGCUGGGAUCAUGAAACAGAUGGACUUGCGGCAACUUUCCGACGAGGCCAGCAGGAAUGCCACAAACCCUUACCCCAUCUACAGUGCCAUAGAGAAGGGAUGCCUUUUAGAUGGGCCUAUAGAAGGGAAAUGGUUUGAGGUCAGUCCUCAUGAGGCUGGAUUCACAGAGCUGGGUGUCUUCGUUGAGACGUCUCUCCUGGGCAGUAAGUUUCAGAGCGGAGAGCUGCAGGAGCAGAAGCCAGAGAUGGACAUGAUCGAGCUACAAGGUGUUCUAGGUUGUGCGUUGGCUCAUGAAGAGGUUAUCAGAGAGUUCAUCCCUCCCUGGUUGAAUGUGCCCGGACAUAUAGACAGGGAUGCUGACGAGUACUUGCGUGUAUACAACACCCUUGACAAACUGGUGGCCCUAAUCAGAAGUUCCACCAGGGACCCUACCACUCUUUCUGCACUGAACACGCUGCAGAAAGUACUAGAAGACAAGGUAAAUCGUAAUGAUUCUUCGUUGCUGGAGUCAAAGAAUAUGGAGGAAAGAAAAAAGAUUUUUCAGCAUUUGAGUCUGGAGCUGCUGGCGGCAGUAGACACCUGGAGUCAAAGUGUGGAGAAUGCAUCUGUAAUCCCUAAGAAAGUCCUUCCCCUGAUUAUGAAGUGGGAGUGGGGAACAACCAGGAACUUCCUCUACCAACACAAAGAUGCUCCACCUUGCCUUCGUGCCAAAGAAAGAUUCCACCUGGUCGAUGCCGGGCUGCUGAUCAAUGUUGCCUACCCUCCUUUUCUGGGAGAGAAGAGAGACAUUGACCUCAUUAUCGUACCGGAGUACAGCGCUGGAAAUAUGUUUGAGACUCUGACUCUGGCCAGAGACUAUGCUGCGGAGGUAAAGAAGCCUUUCCCUGAGAUACAAGAUCAGGUCCUGGAGGAGAGAGAGUGGCCAAAGGACUGCUACGUGUUCGAGGGAAAAGAGAAGGAGCCUACAAUCGUUUACAUGCCGCUCUUCAAUAGACGGAACUGCCAAGAUGCAAAUGAGGUCAAUGCAAAGAUGGAGGAGUUCUCCACUUUCCAGGGUCCUUUCAGUGAGGCCAAGAUCAAGUUUAUGUUGGAGACGGCAGAAGCUAACAUGAAGAACAACAAGGAACUUCUGCUGAGGGAGAUAAAUAAGGCCGUUCUCCGCCGGCAGAACAAGAGGAAGUCUGUGCUGAACAAUCCAUAAUCAAAAAUAAUUAUGACUCAGUCUCUGACUUCAUCUCCAUAAAGAGUUGAAGGAGAAGAAUCUCUCAGACAGACACAGGAGGCUGAAGAAGCACUAACCGCACCAACAUGGGCAAUACAGAAUCAUGUAAUGCAUGCAUGUAAUGAUGUCUGCUAAGAUGGCUGACACUAAAUAAAUGUUGGUUGCAUGUGUGAAA